AUGAUUUUCGUUGGAUCAGGACAAAAUCACUCAGAGAUGUUCCUUUGCCGGUGCUGCGCUUUCGCCGUACCUGGCCGCCUGCAGAACGCCGCUUUCGUGUGUAGUAUACAAUCCAGGUGGAGCGGCAGCAACCGAAUUCCGGCAAUUGCACGGCCAAGAUUUGUUGCCAAGACCCUGUAUCAGUCAACACCCUGGGUGUGUAUCUCGUCAGCUUUUCUCGCGGGUUCCGAUAUUGCCAUGGACUUUGUGGUUCCUACCUUCGCUCGUUCCGAUACGAGGCACUGGAGCUGA